UCCCAAUUCCUUAAAGAUCCCAAUAGUUUUACUGGUAAUCACAAACUUAGAAUAUCAAAAAGAGAAAGAAAAGAAGAAAGAAAAUAAAAGCAGGUGAAAACAUAUAGCUAAAACAACCCAACAAGAACAAUGAGGCUAUGGAAAAAAGCUUCUGGAUUAAUCAAAGAUCGUAACAGCCUAUGGCUUGCUAGCUUAUCAAGACGAACAGCUUUUCGAAAUCCUGAAAUGGAAGCUGCUGUAAUCAAAGCCACAAGUCACGACGAAUUCUCAAUUGAUAUGAAGAAUGUUGAUCGUGUUUACAAAUGGCUACGUUUAUCUCCUAGCCAUCUUAAAUCUCUUAUAUGGGCAAUUUCUUUACGUAUGGAGAAAACGAAAAGUUGGGUUGUUGCAAUUAAAGGUUUAAUGCUCAUGCACGGCGUUUAUAGUUCCAAACUCCCUGCUAUUCAAAGAAUUGGAAGAUUGCCAUUUGAUCUUUCAAAUUUCAAAGAUGGCCAUUCUAAUCCUUCAAAAAUGUGGGGGAUUAAUGCGUUUGUUCGCGCUUAUUUUACCUACCUUGAUCAGAAAUCCUCUCUUCUUUUCAUGAAUUUGCAAGAAAGGAAGAAUCUACAAAAUUUGGACAACAUCAAUAAUAAAAAUCUUGUUGUUGAAGGAAGAUAUUCCAUGAUUCAAGAUCUUGUCAUGCUUCAAAAGCUUCAAUUUUUGCUUGACAUGUUGCUUGAAAUUAGGCCACUAUGUCAUACAGCUAUUGUCCCUCUUGUUCUUGAAGCAAUGGAUUGUGUUAUGAUUGAAGUUUUCGAUGUUUAUAGCAGAAUAUGCAAUGGAAUUGCUAGAACUUUGUUGAGGAUUUAUUCAGCAGGGAAAGUUGAAGCUAGCAUGGCACUUAGGAUUGUGCAAAAAGCAACCAUUCAAGGGGAAGAAUUGUCUUUGUAUUUUGAGCUUUGUAGAAGCAUUGGGGUGAAAAAUGCAGCAGAAUGUCCAAGAGUUGAGCAAAUACCAGAUGAAGAUAUUAAAGAACUUGAGGAAAUCAUUAAUGGGGUUUCUGAAAAAGCCUCACAAAUGCAUGAAUUAGUACAUGAGACUAAAGCCAUUGUGGUACAUGAAACUGGUAAUCAAAAUCUUGAAGAACAGAACAAAUUGAGGACAGUAAUUACUGAUCGUUGGGAGACAUUUGAUGAAGAUUUGAAGCAAAAUGAUGGCACUUCUCAUGCUAUAGUAAAAGUUACACCAACACCAAUUAAUCCUUUUGAAACUAAUUCUUUGAUUCCUACUUCUACCAUUAAUGUACCUGGUAAACCUCAAGAAUUACCAGACCUAAUUAGCUUCUUGUAACGCGGUGAUUGCAUCUUUUGGCUUGAUAUGGCUUCUUCAAAUGCUUUGGUGACACAAAUGUUAAGAUAUAGCAAAAGAGAAAUUAAAGAGACAUUAUCUACAUUAUACAUACUUGUAUCAAUAGAUUUUAUUUAGUUAAAGAAUUGAUGAAAGUGUUAAAACAGCAGCAUUGCUACACACAAGAAUUAGGUUGGUGCUGACCCCACGAAAUUGCUACAAGUUAAACACAUAAAGUUCUUUCAGAGAAAACAAAUGUAGAGGUUAGAAAUGACAAAAGAUAAUGGACUAUUGGCUUCUCAAAAGGACCUAAUUGCACAACAAAUAGUCAAACGGAGAUUACAAUGCUCUUUUCAAGGAAUGCAACUGAAAAAAUAAACUUGUCUGCACUCAGUAUUUAAACCAAGUGACAAUGUGCUUCGACUUCAUUACCCAAGACUCCCAGACAAUUUUAUCUUCGCCUGGAAAUUGAAAUGAGAGAAAUAUCAUCGAUCAUAUCAUUGAUGACUAAAGGUUGAUGCUAAUUGAACAAAGUUAUACCCAACCAUAUAAACGAGAAGCAUACAGGAAAACGAAUCAAGUAAUACAUAGUCUAGCUAAAUAUGGAUGUAACUAUCUAGGGGAUGAUAUUAUCUCCCUUUGCUCCUUUUGUAUUUAAUACUUUCAUGAUUGAUCUCAUUGUACAUUGUGCUCCUAGCAAAAGUAAUUCAUGCAAUACAACGUAGUAAUAAUUAUUAAUGUAAUGCAUCUUU